AUGAGAGGUUUAGCUUACUUCAAAAAGAGAGAUAUUCAUUUUACCAAGGAUCUACCAGAGCCCAAAAUUAAUGUUGAUGACGAAAUUAUCAUUGACGUCAGCUACUGUGGGAUAUGUGGUUCUGAUCUACAUGAAUAUUUAGAGGGCCCAAUCUUUAUGCCAAAAGAUAAUGAAACGAACGAGAUCUCCAAUCUAUCAUUACCCUUAGCAAUGGGUCACGAAAUGAGUGGUAUAGUGAGGGAAGUGGGUAAGAACGUCACAAAAGUGAAAAAGGGGGACAAGGUUGUAGUAGAAGCCAGCUCUGCUUGUUCUGAUGUUCACCGGUUCGCUACUGGAAAGCAUUACGGUGAGGAAAAAUGUCCUAACUGUGCAAGAGGUUACGAUAAUUGUUGUGCCUAUGCAGGCUUUACUGGCUUGGGUUUUAUUGGUGGUGGAUUCGCUGAACAAAUUCUGGUAGGCGAACAACACAUUGUGCGUAUACCAGACGAAAUACCAUUAGAUGUAGCGGCUUUAGUAGAACCCCUUUCGGUUACGUGGCAUGCAGCUAAAGUUGGAAAAUUCGUAAAGGGAAGUACAGCAUUAAUUCUAGGUUCUGGUCCAAUUGGUUUGGCUAUGAUUCUAGUUUUAAAGGCGCUUGGGGCUAGUAAAAUUGUUGUCUCAGAAGUAGCCCAAGUUAGAAGGAAGUUAGCAGAAAAGAUGAAGGUCGAAGUUUUUGACCCAUCAGUACACGGCAAAAAUACAUCCAACGAAUUACGUCUUCUGACAGAAAAUAAAGACGGUUUCGAUUUUGCCUUUGAUUGUUCCGGUCUAGAAGUUACUAUGAAUACGGCAAUUCAUGCGACAAAAUGUAGAGGCACUAUUGUUAAUGUUGCAGUAUGGGGUUCUACAAUGGAAUUCAAUAUGAUGGACAUCACAUUGCAAGAAAAGACCUUAAUUGGUUCUAUUGGAUAUGUUGUCCGCGAUUUCGAGGAAGUAGUUGCCAGUAUUCACAAGCGUGCAAUUUCCAUAGAAGAUUGCAGACAUUUGAUUACCGGAAAGCAAAAAAUUGAGGAUGGAUGGGAGCAUGGCUUUAUGGAACUAAUGAAUCAUAAGGAAAAAAAUAUCAAAAUAUUAUUAACUCCAAACAACUAUCAUGAACUUGAUUAG